AUGGGUGCUUGCUGCUCUGCUUUCUGCAAAGGCAUUGCAAUAUGCUGCAAAUAUAUAGAGGUUUCCUCUAUAUAGCGCUGAAAGCGCAGACAUUUUCCAGGAGCUUUCCAAGUUCGUCGGACCAAAUCGCUUUUUGGUCCGACCAAGGCAUUGAUUUGGUGCAACCAACCGAUAAAUUCCGAUCAGAAUUUAUCGGCCUUACAGCGCCAAACAUAGGAAACUUCUAUACUUAUAACGGAGUAGUUUAUUGCAAAAAUAAAGUCAAGGAUUGCUGCUCUCUGUGGUGGUAUCCAUUGAAAGAAAGAUGCUGUGCUUGCUGUGAUUGCUGUGAUAAAUAUAUGAAUCCCUAUAAAGAUGAAUCAUAUUCCACUAUAUAA